AUUAUAGACGAAAGUUAUUGGAUGUCUAUAAUGAUAAAUAAAUAUUAAUUUGCAGAAAUAGAAUAUUAAUUUUGUGGUUAUUUGAAAAUAAAUAAUAUCAUGGAUGAGGUGAUGCUUGUAUCAAUGGAUUUGAAUAUUUCUCCUAUCAUUCCAAGUCCUCCUUUAAAUGAUUCACUUAAUGAAGCAAGUACACGGGCAAGCAGUAAUAAACCAAGUUCAGUCUUAUCUAUUCAACCAUCUGAUGAAGCUCGUCUCAACAAUUAUGUUUACCACAUAUUGAUGACAUAUCUUGAAGGCGAAUUUCAAAUAAGUUGUUUUGAUUUCCAAGAGGAUAAAGAAAAUAGGUCAGAGCUUUUAGAAAAAAAAGGCGGACUAUAUUUCUCUACUUCUGUUAUCGCCAAGUUAUUGAUAUUUCACGAAAUCCGACGAACACAAUCUUGGAGGUAGUUUUAUAUUGUUUUUUAUUUCAUUCUGAUAUCAUAUUUUUAUUAUAAUUUAUUAAUACUCAAUUAUUGUAUGAAGUAUAAGCCCAGAUAGAUUUGAAGAACUAGCAGAAAGUUGUGCGCAACUUUUUACAGGAUUGUUAAAAGAAGGAUUUUAUAC